UUUUGUGUGUAUGUGUUCACUGUGCAUCCACAUCUCCUAAGAGUUGCAGCCGCUGGCUAGAAAGAGCAAGAGAGAUGGGGCUGCUGACAGCCCAAGGUGCUUCUCCAACACUACGGGCUCAUUGACUUGCACGGUACCAGGUUUCAGGGCUCUCUCUGUUUACCGGCCUUUCAUGCCACAGUACGGACAAUCCAUUGCUGGCACAGCAUGGUCCAGGCCUGUUCAGCAUGCUCCGGAGUUCAUAGUUCCACUCUACUACAUCAGCAAAUGAGGGAAGGAAUGGACAAGGAUACUUACAACAGCCAGGAAGUUAAGAAACAUGUGCGUCUGCAGGAUCGAAGGGGCUCCAAUGUUUCACUGGUGCUGGAUAUGAGUUCCCUGAGCAACAUAGAACCCAUUCAAUCGCUCUCCACUCCCAGAGAUGUCACAGUGCAGCUCCUGAACACAACCAGCCAUGUUCUUACUCAGAAGAUGCUCCAGAGGAACUGGAGUCUAGAAGAUCUUCAAGAGGAGUUUGCGAAAGUUCCCUCAAACUUUAUCAGUCCAGACGAGUUGGACAUCCCUGGACGAGCCGCAAAGGACAGAUACAAAUCCAUCUUACCAAACCCUCAGAGUCGUGUCCACCUCAAGAGAGCUAAAAGCCAAGAAGAUGAACGCUACAUAAAUGCAAACUACAUCCGGGGUUAUGCUGGACGGGAGAAGACCUACAUUGCGACACAGGGGCCCAUGUUAAAUACUGUCAAUGACUUCUGGGCAAUGGUGUGGCAGGAGGAGGCUCCUCUCAUAGUGAUGCUCACCAAGCUCAAGGAAGAGAAAGAGAAAUGUAUAUGUUACUGGCCUGAAACAGAGACAACCUAUGGGCCUUUCACCAUCCAAGUGCAAAGCAUUUGUGAGUCUGAAGAAUACACCACCCGUAGCUUUACCCUGCAGCUCAAAGAUGAAUGUCGCACUGUGAAGCACAUUGUCUUCUCAUCCUGGCCAGACCAGAAGACCCCAGAAUCGGCCAAGGCACUCUUGCACUUGGUUUUGGAGGUAGAAAAAAUUAUACAAACUGCAGAGAGCACAGGACCCAUCAUUGUGCACUGUAGUGCAGGAAUUGGCCGGACUGGCUGCUUUAUUGCUACUCAGAUUGGAUGCCAGCAACUGAAGGAGAAAGGAGAGGUGGACAUUUUGGGGAUAGUCUGCCAACUACGCAUAGACAGAGGUGGGAUGAUUCAGACCAUUGAACAAUACCAGUUCCUUCAUCAUACUCUGGCCAUGUAUGCUUCACAACUUCCUAAGAUCACAGAGAGCUAAUGGAAUCUUCUUGCACCAUCAUGGGAAAUUGUCUGCUAUUCGAUACUUGGCUUGGUGGAGUGGUUUUUUUUUUUUUUUUUGGUACAAUAGAGGGAGAAGUAUUUAUAUAAGUAUUUCAAUUGCAAAAUAUAUAGUUAUAUAGUUAUUAGUUGCAUAUAACUGGAAUGUUUUCUAUCUGGAAACAAAGGUUUAAUUCCAAUUUUUGUUUGCUUUGAAUUUUCUGAACAAUUUGCAUAAAAUAAAACCUUGUUUUCAA